AUGGACGAUUGUAUCCUUCCAUCGGACCAAGCAGCACUUAUGGAUGCCUUUGGACUUGGCGACGAUGUUCCAAAUGUCUCGAUUGGCAGUCCACUUUUGACCGGAGCCGAUCAUCCCUCGCGCACAGCAAACUCUGCUGAAUCGUGCCACACUCCAAGCGAUACUUAUAUUUUGAACUCUUCUUCCGUCAAUGAUUCUCCCCCUGCCACUGAGCCUUCUGUAACUCCCAUGUCUCGGGCGUCAUCGUCGACUUCGAUCAUCUCCGAUUCCAACGUUAGCAUGUCUAACGUUGGGAUCGACCCACAACAAGUAACGUCUUUUAGUAGUGAUAACAACGACGAAUCUUUAGGAUGUCAAGUGCCUCCUAUCGAGUCCAUGGAGGAUAAGAUUCGACGCCUUACACCCCCACAAUUCAUCCCGCUUAUAAAUCAGCUUCUGCUGGAGAAGUCGAAAGGGAACAUGAAACCCUCCAGGUCCGACAUUGCUAGCGACUUGGUUCGGUGUAACAAGGAUGUAUACAAGCACGCGGGCGUGACUAGGUUCGCGGAGUAUACUUCGCUAGCGGCAAAAGCUUCUGUUAUCGAGCUUGGUGGGGGGGAGACUGGCGGCGGCGGCGCAUGGAUGGCCCUGCACCCGAAUUUCAGGCAGGAAAUUGAUGCACCGAAGUCAUCCGCCCCUUCGAUUGUCUAUAAUAACAAUCCUCCUACAUCACAUGAUGACAUUUCUUAUACCAAAACUUCAUUUAUAGCAAGUACGCCUCCAUUGAGCAUCGCGUCGCAGGGGACCACC